AUGUCCAAAUUUAUUAAUAUUGUCUUCUAUUGUAAUUUAAAAUACAUUUUACUAAUUCUGUUUUUAUUUCAUUUUAUUUAUUUCACAGAAUCUGUUAUUUCUAACAAUCGUCAUGGAAUAAAUCUAAAUAAUUCAUUUUAUCAAACAAAAUCCAGAUAUCAUUUCAAUUCAAAACAAAAUAAACUGCUAUGUUUUCUAUCCAACAAUUCAGGAUGUUUGAAUAAUUUUUCUAAAACGACCAAUACUUUUGUUCCAAAUAUUCCAUUUAAUAUUAAACAUGAUUCUAAUACAGAACUAUAUGGAUUUACACAUUAUCCUAAUUUUAAUCAUACUCCAAAAUUUAAACCUGCAUAUAAUCGCAUCAAUCCACAUACAAACUUUCCUGUUGGACUUAAUAAUUUACCAAUUCAACCUUAUUAUCAUAAACAAAAUAUUCCAUUUAAUAUGAUCAAUUAUCGCAAUACAUAUCAACAAAAUGGAUUCAAUAUGUACAGUAGAAAACUAAAUACACAUCCACUUGUCCCACAGUUAUAUGGCAGUUCUCUAUUUGCCCAAAGUCAUGCUCAAAUUCCUUGGCAACAACCUAUUCAUCCAAUUAAUAGGUUCAACUUUCAACUACCACUUCAGAAUAGUGAUCAGACUUAUGAACCUAAUAGCCCUUUGCAAUCAGUAAAAUUGCAAAGGAAGGAAGAAAAGUUGGAAGCCAAAAAAUUAAGGUAUUUUUCAUUUAAACUUAGGGAUGAUUUGAUUUGGAUAAAUGAUGAUGAGGACAAUUGGCCAGGGACCAAGAGAAUAAAACCCGGAGAAACCUACCAAGGCGUUAUCCACUACUUUUUCACUCCAUACGAGGCGCUUGUGUAUCUAGCUGAUAAAAAGGUUGAGGGAUCCGUGAGCAUUAAGGACAUGCCACCAGACUUCUCAGAUUUAAAAUUGUCAGAAUUAUUCAAACCAGACCACUUGAUGAGUUUCAGGUUAAAAGAACCGCAGGAAUUUGACGAGAAGGGAAGACCCAAAUUCGUGAUAUCACUAGACCCUCAAAUCAAAAAAAUUACCUACAAGUAUAAAUCCAGAGUAAGAGGAAGACCCAUAUUUGUAACAAAUACCAUGGCAAUUUUUAAGCUUGAAGAUGGUGAAAACUAUGCACAAGUAUUCCUAGUUAACACAGGAGUAUAUUUGACCUUUCCAAUUAAAUUGAAGAUGACUGAGAUAUUCAAAAAUGAUGAAAUUGUGGAAUUGGAAGUUUUGAAUAAACCCAUUUUCCCAAGAAUUGUAGGAUACCUCUGCAGAAUACCGUUUGAUUCACCUACUGGAUUGGAAUUGAGAAGUAAAUAUCGAAUGGUUUAUGAUAUAUCACCUGAGGAUAAAAAUGAAUUUGUAACAACUGAGAAAGAUGAAAUAAGUGAGGAAUUAUUAACAAUGCAGAAAUUUAUAUCAACUGAGCAAGGUGUAACAACAGAGAAUAAACAACCUGUUAUAAAUAAAAUUUCCCAAAAAAUCUGUAAAACGUUUGAUGAAGUGCCACAUCAAGAGCCAGAUGAAUGUACUCUUAGAGAAUAUGUCAAAGAAUUAAAAGGAAACCUAAAGUUUAUCCUCAAAUACAUCCUACUCAAGACUAAAAUUAUAAUUAAUCCUUCAGUUCGCAUUUCUCAGAAAAUGGCAAAGAUUCUUCGUAACUUAAUUAUCGAGAAACGUGAAUUCCAUAUAACUGAUGAAGAAGAAGCUGAAGAACUGAACAAAUUACAUAAUUCUGAAAAUUCGCCAAUUCAUUCAAGGAAACCAGUAGUGGCAAUUUUGGGAGGAACUUCUUCAGGGAAAACAUCGCUAUUUAGUUCGCUAUGUGGUGUAAAACCAGACCCAAAUACCAACUAUAAUUUCGGUACUGCCGAGCAUAAAUACCCAGCAACCCUAUUGGACACUCCUGCGAAUGGGUUACUUUCUCCAAUAAGAGAUAAUAUGCUAAAAGAGUCGGAUAUCGCGUUAAUUUUAAUCUCCGCGGAUACUGGAGUAACUAAAGAAACAGAAGAAUCAAUUAAACAGUGCAAAAAACUAAACAAGCCAUUCAUAUUUGUACUCACUAAGUUUGACAUGUCAACACAAUCUACAAUUGAAGAUGUUGCAACAAAACUGGCAGAUAUUGGGUGCGAACUGGAACACCAUGGAGGAAAAUAUGAAAUGAUCCUAUAUUCAACAUUAAACGACACUGAAUCGAGUAAAAACAGCCUUAUGGAAACCAUUCUUAUAAAUUCACUGGAAUCUUCUGACAUGCUAUUAGAAAAACCAGAUUCCGCUAAUUCAGAUGGAUACAUCAUCGAUGUAGGAAAGAACGAAACUUCUGGAUGCUACGCCCUGAUCCUGGUCAAGAACGGGGAAUUGAGGAAAGGAGAUUAUAUAUCUUCUGCUAUAAAUACAAUGAGGGUGAAAUCACUUAAAGAUAAGAAUGGUGAAGAUCUUGUCAGUGUUAAGCCAUCUGAAAUAGGUUUUGCUUAUGGUUUUUCUAAGGAUUCUACUUUUGAUACCGGAAUGCCUUUCCAGUCAUUUUCAACCAAAAAACAAGCUGAUUUAGCCUCAGAUAUUAGUAGGAAGGAGUUAAACGAAAAGGAACAAAAUGAUUAUAUACAGGAGAAAAUAAGAGUUGGGUUGGCAAUAAUAGAUCAAAAUAUGGAUCCGGAAAACUUCACAUAUGCCUAUGCAAUCAUAAGGGCAGAACUAAAGUCAGUAGUUGAGAUAAUAAAAACAGAAAUUGAAAAGAUGAGGUCAUAUGGAAUUAAUAAUACAUGGAGAUAUAAAGUAUUGGAUGCCCGCAUGUCCAAGAUAACACAGAAAGAUGUGAGCAUAUUUAAACACCCUGGAAUAGCACUUUUGUACAAUUAUAAAAUUUCAAACACAUUGAAGAAAAAACUAUCAGAAAAGAACAUAACAGUGGUUGAAGGGGAAAAGUUAGAUGAUAUAGUCGACAUGGCCAAGGAAGAAUUAAGGAAAAUAGCUGGAGAGAAAAGGCUUGGAAUACUCAGUGGGAAGGCACAAAUUCUGAAAGUAUUUGAAGCCUCCAAGAAAAAGAACGCAGCAGGGUGUUUAGUAACAUACGGAACAAUAAAUCCAUACCUAGAUGUUAGAAUCAUUAGAGAAGAUCGCAUACUAUUUAAUGGGAAAAUAUCAUCGUUGAGAAGAACCAAAGAAGAGGCGAGUGAAAUUUGUGAAGGUGAAACAUGUGGGAUAACGCUAGAAAAUUUCAAUGAUUUUAAAGUUGGAGAUGUCAUUGAAGCAUAUUCAGAUUAA